CGAAGGCGGUUGAUCGGCGUGCAUGGUGCGAUCUGAUCACGUAGGCAGUUGCCGAGGUGCAAGAGAAAGCCCUCGUGCAUGCAUAGAAGAAGCGGCAGUCGCAGAAGCGACGGUCACCGAUGGGUCGUACUCCAUCGACAUCGAGCGCAUGGUGCUGUAGCACAUGCGGUCGCGAGUGCUUGAGUCAGGCAGGCCUAGUGAGCCACGAGCGAGGCCACUCGGGACCAGCAUCGAAACGACGACGGGUGCUGCUGAAAACGUAAACAGAACCGGCGUUGGUAGCAGGGACGGCUGGUGCAGGACACGUGGGCAUUGAUUGGUUGACCGCUGUGUGACACGUGCAUGCCGAUUGUGCAUCUGAAGACAAAUCGAUUCGCCGAAACCUACCCCAGAUCAACGACAAUUACACCGUGGAACGUCCUUGGGAUUCUCCUAUUGUUCCUGUCUCAUCUGAACUUGACUUCACAUUUUCAAGACUUCCCUUCUAACAGAACCGAUGGACGGAGUGAGUGGCCAUCCCGUUUCCGGCGUGCUUGACUUCGACUUAAGUUGUAUGUUAUCAAGGAAGUGGUCUCUCGAUUUUGGCUCAAAGCCCAGAGCGAAUGCGUCUACUCAGGUGACUGCUGCCGAAUUGCAUCCACCCGGAUACAUCGACCGGUCUUUCCCUGCUAGCGCUCUAAAAGAUUCGGAUCCUCGACUUGUGGUUCAGCGAAGUUGGAAUAUCGCCCUCGGACCCAUCCGCCAGAUCCCAAUGAAUUUACUCAUAAUGUGGAUUUCUGGAAAUUCAAUCUCUAUUUUUCCGUUGAUGUCUGUGAUUAUGCUUUUUCUGCGGCCUAUCCAAGCCUUAUUCUCCAUACAAUCGACUUUCAAUCUGAUCGAGGGUAGCCAAGCCCUCUUACAGUGUGUGGUGUACACACUUGGAAAUCUCGUGAUGAUUGUGCUGGCAAUGUACAAAUGCCACACAAUGGGAUUGCUUCCCACUUAUCCAUCGGAUUGGUUGGCCUUCGUUGAUCUACCUGAGAGUGCGGAGCUCUCAGGUGGUGGCCCAAUCACUUAGUUUGCGAAGUGAUAUUUAUCUCUGUUUGAUGCAGUUUUUGGGGAUGUACUCUCGUUACAUCUUGACGCCAAUAAUUUCCUUCUCUUCUGUAAAGAAAAGACUUCAACACUCUGGGGGGGGGGGGGGG